GGAGCUCUAUCGAUGUUGAAGUACGGCAGAGUCAGAUCAGUAGUAGAGGAACAGUUGCAGCUGUAGUUAGGAUGGUAAAAGAUGAUUCCAGGCACGAUGAGCUCUCCUUCGAUGACUGACGGGCAUCUCGCUGACGGAAACAGGGUGAGCAACGCGAUUGUACAACCCGAACCAACACCGCCAACGCUCAGUGCGCCGAGUGCUACCGGCAGCUCCGAAGAAGAAUACGACACAAGCAACCCACGUCGUGGUAUGGCCAUCAUUUUGCACCAUGAGAACUUUAGGCUGAUGAGCAAACGUACGGGAAGCAGCAGGGAUUGUAGUGCCGCCGUCACAGUCCUAACUAAUAUGCAGUUUGAUGUUCGUGUUUACGAAGAUCUACCAUUCGCGCAGCUUUGCGAUGUUUUGAGCGAUCUUGCCAGCGAGGAUCAUUCGGAUGCUGACUGUUUGCUGGUGAUGAUCAUGACGCAUGGCGAUGACGACGUGCUGUAUGCCUUCGAUAGGCCUUAUGAAGUAGACGUUCUGUUUAAACACUUUAUGGGUGAUUCCUGCCCAACGUUACUCGGCAAGCCAAAGUUGUUCUUCGUGCAAGCCUGCCGAGGGACCGCGUUUGACAAGGGUGUGCAGUUGGGUUGUGGCGUGGUGGAUAAAGACUGUUUCAGCUCCAACAAAUAUGUCAUUCCGACAACGGCCGAUCUGUUGGUGAUGUACUCAUCGUACCAGGGGCAUGUGUCGUGGAGAAAUCCCGUUGGUGGUUCCUGGUUUAUACAGGCGCUGUGCGCGGAGUUGGAAUUGAGUUGGCGUCAUAUGGAGCUGUUGCAGCUGCUGACUGCUGUUUCGCGCAGGGUAGCCUACGAUUAUCAAUCGCACGUGCCACAGAGCGGGUCGAUGGACGCCAUGAAACAAAUGCCCUCUAUUGUAUCGAUGCUAACGAAGCUUGUUUACUUUCCGGUUAAGAAACAGAUGCAACAAUAAAGACGAAUAAUCCACGGUGCUCGAAA